AUGCAGGACCACCUCAGCCACAGAGGCCACAGCCAGAACCUGAGCAGUGUCCCAACAUACGACUUCGUGCGUUACUGGAGCACAGUGCAAGUGACCCAGGCCUUCGCCACUUCAUGGGAGGUGCUAGGGGUGAAGGCUGAGCUGGCCAGCCCCAGAGCACAGAGGCUGCUUACGUACCAUGUGUGCAGCCUACAGCUGCUAUCCAGUCCUCAACUGCCUGGUGGCCCUGCUGCAAUCACGGGGGCACCAGAGCUGACAGGGCAAGAGGACACCCUACAGCUGCACUGGCUGAUGAUGAAGGUAAUUAAAACCAUGGAAGCUGCCAGCGAGUUUCUCUAGGACCUCAGGCUUGAUACAGAAUCUGCUGAGUGA